AUGAAAGAUCCGCAAAUCCGAGACCAAGUCGAACUAAAUCUGAGUAAUUUCCCUUCGCUGUCUCAAAACGGCUUCUCGAACGGUUUCCGUUUACCCAAAAUGCCAUCAUUGGUCGACCUAUACAAAUGCGAAACAGAAUCAAUAGCCAGCAGCUCAGUCACAUCGAAACGUCGAAUCGAUAUGCUAUUCAACGACUCUCGAUCGGUCACCUCGGAAUACCAUAUAAAUCGCAAAUACUACGAACCACGUAAAGUAAAAUCCCUAGUCGAGGGCGGCGGCAGCGAAAACGAACCAGAUCAAUUAGCCACACAGUCGGGUGAAAAAAACGACGUACAGGUCCGAAUUGAGAAAAUGUUUUCGGAAAUUAGUUCAUCCGAGGCUGAAAUCGAUACUUCGAUCGAACACGAUCGGAAAUUCACCGUCAAGCAUAUGGGUUCUUUGACAGUCCAGUGUAAAAUCACAUCGCUGGAAGGGUUACAAGAGCCAUUACGAGAAUUAUACUUCAAAUAUAAAAUAAAUCGUAAACGAGAUCAAACCGGAUUAAUUCAAAUCAACGAUACAGGAUUAUACAUCGAAUACAACGGUAAUUACGGUGGUAAAAUUGAAAAGCUUAAUCCAUUUUCGACUAUAGGCGUCUGGGCUUCACUCAGGUUUAAAUUUCGAUCCUCCGGAGUCGGCUACGAAUACGCUUUUUUACCCUUGAUCAAUAAAGACUCCGAAGACAAAAGUUACUUAUUUCGAAAACUCAGCUCCGAAUACAACGAGUAUGUGGAAAACGGCGUAUUCGAAGAUGACUCGCCGAUUUUCGUUGUCGUGAUGCGCGAACCAGAUACACCGAAUAAGCAAAUGGUAUGCCACGGGUUCGUUUGCGAAUCUGCCAAAGAAGCUGAAGUAAUGGCAUCCACUUUGUACACGGUUUUGAAGAGUGUGCUGGGUAAAAACAGAGUAAUCAAAAAUAAUGGCCAGCAUCGAAAAAAACCCAGCAUCAAUCGACUCAGCAGUAUCAGAGAAAUGUCUUCUAGCGAACCUGCUACCGGUCAAACCGACCAGCAGAAAAGUUUACCACCACCGAAACGACCUCCUAGAAGAACCAAGUUGAAAAAUGAUUCGGGUAACGAGAUCAAAUCCGAUGAAACGUCGAACGAGUCCAAUGAUAAUGGAGAUAUACUCACCAAAGUAGCCAUUCCGAGGAGUAACAGUUUCUUGAACACGAAUCGUCUCAGUUCGAGGUAUAAAGGAAAUAGAAAUACCGAAACACCGGCUCAAAAAAGCAGCCUGAGUCCGCUCGGCUUCAUGGAGAUGUUCAACGAGUUGCAGUCUCAGGAAGGCUUGAAAACCGUCGAUGAAAUCCUCAACGUGAUAAUCAAAGAAGAAGGAAUGAGUUUCAACGAACUGAAACCUAUUUAUAAAGAAUUCUUGCUAAAGUUGGCGCUAGUUUUGAGCAAAGACGAACUCUACAACAGGAGUAAAACCAUAAUGAAGAAGCAAAAAAUCAAAAAAAAAGUACCAAAGUUGAAAAAAGUCAUAACGACGAAAAAAGGCUUAAAAAACGUAUUCCGUAAACCUUUAGUCAAGUUGAAACCUACAUCGUCUUCUGGUGGUGGGUCUUGCUCGUGUAAAAAAUCCGCCGCAGAAGCUAAACUGUACACGGAUUCAACGUCGACAGAUUCGUUCUUCUUGAAAGAGAAGAGUAAACCAGAAGUGCCGAAAUUGAGACCUACGAAAAAUACCAACGUUAGACAUAAGACUUUGAAAUUUCGUUCGCAACGAAUUACCAGCACAUCGGAAGAUAGCGAUUACCCGAACGUUAACCAUAGGAAGCUGCAGUAUUCCAAGAAUAAGCAGAAUAACAGAGACGACGUUUUAAGGCCAUCGUCCAGCGGUUACUUUUCUUUUAGCGAGUGCAGCUACGAUACGGAAUCUUGUACUUGUACUUCGGCCGAUAAAUGUUACUGCUCGUUAAGUAAAGAACAACAAAAAAAGAAGUCGAUCGCGGCCAAUUUCUCCGCGUGCAGUUGCGACACUUUGGCAUGUCGUAAACGCAACAAAUGCUACUGCGCUAAACCGAAAAAACUAUCAUUAGUCGAGCAACUCAAACAAAAAGGCUUCGCUGUAUCCGAGUCUAGUCUAUCACCGGACGACAGCCCGACCAAUAAAUCGGUACGCGAUAAACGCUACUCUAAAUUAUCCAAAAGUCUAGAAUACCUCGAAAACACAAGCAGCUCGAGCCAGUAUAAAAGUCGCAUGGAACUGUACGAUACCUCCGGUCAAAAAGCGUUUCCUUGCCGGCACACGUACAAGUACUGUCCAUCUUUAUCAUCAGCCAGCUCGAAAACAUCCCAAAAGAAAAGCUCCAGCUCCGAUAACCUCGCCGUAGACUACAGCAUGUUCGCAAAACCGGAACCUAGCCAGUGUUCCAAUGUGUUCAAAGAUUCUCCUCGCCAUGUGUCACCUGUUAAUAAACAGAACGUCGUUUACGCUGAAUUGGCUUGCCCUCAAAUGGUCCACAGACAGGGUUAUAAUCAUAAUUACGUUAUGCCGCAAGUCAUCAGGAAUAUCGAACAACCUCCGGUCAUCAAUAUGUAUCCGCAUUCGCCCAUCAGGACGUGUAGCUGCGCUUGUACUUGCACCAUGUAUCAUCACGCCGCCGCCAACGAUAUGUACCCUUCGUCGUGCUGUAAAAAUAGUUUCUCGUAUAGGAAUUCUACAUUUUUCAGGAGAAUGAAUUUAGAAAAUGUUUUAGGGUAUUAUCCGUAAAUUUGAUACGAUUUGCUAUUGCUAUAUAUUUUGUUUAUACUUAUAUGUACCUACUUGUAACUUCAGGACACGAAUUUUUACAUCUGUGAUCGACAUUGAUUGUUUAUC